AACCUCCUUCUCUCGCAUCUCUACCUCUCUCUUGUGCAGGGCUGUAAAUUACUGUCAGCACAGAGCAGUCACUGCCCUUAUCUCCCACCUUCACAUCUCAUGCAGCCUCUCACUCUCUUUCAUUAUUUGCCAUCUUCCUCCCUCCUUCGCUGCUUUUGCUGAUCUGCGUGAAAGGCAGCACAUUUACUCACGUCUAAAGGAGGCUGCAGUGGGAAAGUUGGCCCAUCCUGCCAUGCAGGCUUUCCUGCCUCACUCAUCCUGCCUCCCCCAUCCCAUCACAUUAGUUCUGCCAUCACACUGCAGUUUGAACUAAGGGAUCUGCAAAAAAAGGGCAUUCCCAGGGCUGUGUGUAAUCUCCCUGGCUCCUGUGUGUAGAUGUGCAUCCCCUCCCAGCUAAGGUUCACAUCCACAAAGCUCCCUUUAGCUGCUCUCUGCUGUGGACUGAGUGCUGCUCACUGCUGUGGAUGGGAGAGCAGUCAUUUAUACCUGUCUUUGCCAGCGAGUGGAAAACGUACACACACGCAGCAGUCUCGUCUAUGGACCGCACGGAGUAGCUGUUCCACAUUCCACUAAAGUCUGAACUUUUGCGUCCGCUCCAAGGUUAUUCACCUUGCUAAGGAAAAUAAAAGCCAUUAGGCAAAUGUGACCUGCGUUUCCAACUUACAUUUCGAGCCAAAGAAGCCAGGAAAACACACAAAUACAAAAUAUGGAUGGUUUAAUUGAACAGAACAGUGUGCUUACGCAUAAUAAAAUCACAGAGACUGGGAAAAGAAAUGGCUUAAUCAACACUAGAAAUUUAAUGGCGGAAAAUAAAGAUGGGAUGGUGUCUGUUUACCCAGCUCCUCAGUAUCAGAGUCACAUUGUUGGAAGUAUUUCGCCCCAGACUGGCUUAGACAACAUUAAAAGUGACCCUGUUCAGCAACUCUUGGAUCCUAAUAUGCUUCAACAGACUGUGGAAUCUCACUACCGUCCAAAUAUAAUUCUAUAUUCUGAGAAUGUUUUGCAUUCCUGGGGUGAAAAUGUCAGUGCUGAGUGCUGUGAAACCACCUUCAUUGAAGACAGGUCACCGACUAAAGACAGUCUUGACUACCCCGACAGCAAGUUCAUUGAUCUGUCUUCUGAAGAUAUCAAAAUACACACUCUUUCAUAUGAUGUGGAAGAAGAGGAAGAUUUCCAGGAAUUAGAGAGUGACUAUUCAAGUGACACAGAGAGUGAAGACAACUUCCUAAUGAUGCCACCAAGGGACCACCUUGGCCUAAGUGUAUUUUCCAUGCUGUGCUGUUUCUGGCCUUUGGGGAUUGCAGCUUUCUAUUUGUCACAUGAGACCAAUAAAGCGGUGGCCAAAGGUGAUUUCCAUCAAGCCAGCUCGAGUUCUCGAAGAGCGCUCUUCCUAGCCGUAUUGUCCAUUACCAUUGGAACAGGCAUAUACGUUGGAGUGGCAGUUGCCCUUAUAGCUUACCUUUCAAAAAACAAUCAUCUAUGAUCCUCAAAGUGCAUAUGACUUUAAAAAUACAGAGUCUUAAUUUCUGCAAAUUCUCCACACCUGGAAAUUACAUUUUUGGACACACAGAUGUAAAGGACCAUAUCUUCAAAACCGCUGUACAGAUCAUGAAGUUCAUAAGAUUUCUGGAUGUACAUUUUUGACGUCCUCUGUUUUUGUUUUCUUUUUUUAUUUACCUAAUGAGUGUUCAAAAAAGGUGGUAAAGUGAUUGAAUGGACUUUUUUGGAUAAAAAAAACAAGUGUAAUAGGAAUCUUUGUAUCUUUGUUGGUUAGCAUAAUUUUGUCAGUAAACAACUGUUUAUUACUGCUCACUGCAUUGAAUGCCAGCAUUUUACCUUCUAAAUCCUGAAAGAACUUAUCAAUACUCAUGUAGUGGAUUAUAUUAUUCAUUCCCACAAGGUAAUAAAAUCAACAUCGCUGCAGGCAUUGAGCAAUCAAGCAAGGUUUCUUUGACUAAAUUAGCAUGAAGUAGCCUAUCCUAUAAGAUCGUAUCGGCUGCCUGUUGUCAGCACUUUAUGGCAUUCAUUUACCUGUCCUAAGGAAAAGAAAAGGCACGUUUGAAUACGAGGAGACAUUUCAGUACUGCAGUACCGUUCUAAUAAACUAGGUUUGGAACCGUUAUACAAAGCUGCCAACUAUUCAUUAAGAAAAUGAUACAAGCAUUGCGUAAUUGAUUCAAACAGAAGAAAAUUAAAUGAUUACGGUGCUCUUAGCCAUUAAUGCUGUUGAGGAACUUUUUGGUGCAUAAUGGUUUCCUGCUGAUUUACUUCUAAUCAUCCAAAUGGAUGCAAAUGGUGUAUGAUAAAGUAGAAUUUUUAAAGAAAUAUCUUUAUUGAGCAAAUCAAAUUUACAAAAGUGAAACUCAUAGCAGAACUAU